AUGCUUUGCUGGUCUGUGCCUUGCUGUGCUGCAUUUGACACCAACAAGGACCUGGCCGCCAACCAUGACGUCAAUUACACCGGCCGCCCUGGAUUGAUUGUGGAAAAUGCCACAACUCAGUCUAACGGCCCCCCAGAGAUGACCCGCAACGGGAAAAAAUGGCAGCUGACAAUCGAUGUGCCUCGCAGCGGGCGGCAGAUUGCAGAUGCGCUGAGCGAAUAUGGCUCCGUGGAUGUGGAAGCUGGUUUCAGACUUUUGACGGAAGUAAGUGCAACUACUUUCGAUAUCCACCCCUACGGUUCUGGUUCUGACCCCUCAAAACGUAAAUUCCCUGGGAUCCUCAAUGUGAUUUUGGAUUUGGUCGCUAGACCCGAAGAAUGGCCACUUGGAUAUGAUGCACUGAGCUGGUACAAGCCUGAUGCGAACAAUUGCAUUUUUGCCUCUGAGUGGUUGCAAGGUCAAGUGGUCGGUCAAAAUUCACCCAAAAAGAUGUUUAAGAAAAAGAAAACGGUGAAACAGGAGCCCAAACCUGACCCGUCUAGACAAGAGCAGCUGCGGGACAACAAAGAUGAAGACUACACCAUUCUUGAGACAGGACUCACUUUGGUUUUGUCAGCUGAUGCAAUGAAUCAGCUUGGCAUCACACUGAGCAGGUGGCAGGUGGGAAAGACAGGAAUGGCAGAAACAAAGUUCAAGUUUGGUAGGGACUGGAUGGCGGAAGAACUGGUUGAUUUCCUCAAACAACAAGGACCAAGGAAGACAUGGGAUGAAAUUAAGGAUCAGCCUCCACAGACGGCCAACACGCGGGGGCGCCCCGCGAAGAGGCAGGCCAAAGAACCCGAUGAGCGACAUCGGUCCAGAUCUGCCGCUGAGAAGCCCGAAAAGGGCGAUGAAAAUAAGGACCCAAUGGAAGUCGAAAAAACGCAGUUGGACUCUCAGACUCAGCCUGAAGCGAUUGACAAGCAGAGUUCAAAGCCAACCUCGCAGUCUCUUGGUAAUUUGACGGAUGCCUUAACCCAAAACUGGACGCUGGCCGAUCAAGGUGGAUGCGGUGACUGUGGGUACCGGGCAUUAAUAGACAACUUUCAUUAUCAAACCACUGGUGAGACUCUUUCCAAAGAAGAAUGCAUCAAAAAUGCCAAUCUAUUUCGUACGGAAGUGGUACGACAUGUUCGCAAACAUCAAGAUAGGUACGAAAACCAUGUCAGAGGUGGGAAAGAGGCCUUUCCUGCCUUUUGUGACAAUGCGUUGAAGCAAACUCACUGGAUAUGUGGACUGCUGCUGCAAGCAGCAGCAGAGGUGAAAUCAUGCUGCAUAGUGGUGUGGAAUCAAAAAGAUGAAGUUCUGGAAAGAUUCACUUUCGCUCCUGAGUGGAGUCCACAGGGGAUGCCCAGAAUGAAAAAAGAAGCACCAAUCCUGGUGGUGUACAGAAACGACAAACAUUAUCAAUCCGUCCGACCACCCCAGGAUCAGGACGGCAUGACUAAGGUGCCCAAACACUGGGCGCGAGAGACAGCCAAACCCGAGGCCGAAGCACUUGGAGGCGCUGGACCAAGCGUUGGAGAAUCGCCUAAAACCCUGCACACGCUCUCCCCUGGCUCUUCCCAUGCUCCUUCGCUCCAUACUCUCCCCGCCUCCUCCUUUCGCGGAUCCUCGGGUGGGGGUGUGAUGAUCACGCGCGCGCCGUCCCUGCACUCCUUGGUUCCUUCCGCGUCUUCUCCUCCGCGUCUGCGCGCGGUUGUGCACGGCCAUGCGGCGGGUGGUGGUUCUUCGGGUGCCCUUGCGCGACCCCAUCCUCCGCGCUCCCCCUCUCUUCUUACCUUGGCUGCCUCCCCUCACUCCUGCGACCGGUCGGGUACUAAGGACAAAGGCGCAGUCAAAAAUGACAACACAGAAUGCGACUUUCGCCCUGACACUGCUCCAUAUCCUCGACACCUCAAGCGGCUGGAUGCUAAAUCACAGUCCCGACCUCGGAACUUCCUGAAAGUGGCAGAGCCUGGAGUUGCCCAGAAUGCGGGAAAGGCGGCGCAAGCUGCAGGGCACUUAGUUACUGAGGUCCUUCCGCCGGAUGCCAUGCGACUGGCAGAUGCUUUCGCAAACUUUUUUCAAGCCCUAGUUUGUGCAGUCAGGGCUGCUGCCCCUGACAUGCUGCAGCGAGUGUCUCCGGCCUUACUGAGGAUUCUCAGGGAAUUUUGGGCCGAUAUUUGGAAUAGACGUCAAAUCUCUUGGGAUGAUAUUUGGGAUGAUUUGGUUACUCACACUCCACCACGCCCUGCUCCUGACAGCUGGCCAAGCCUCACACCGGAACAACUCCGUUCUGCCACCAAGUGUAGCCGCGGCAGUGCGCCGGGGCUUGACGGCUGGAGAGCUGAGGAACUUAGUUUGUUCAGUGACGAAAUGUGGCAGGAUGCCGGCUGUCCUCCAGAAACAGUUUCCACUUCCAUCACCUUGUUGGGAUUCCAGUUCAUGGGAGUGACCCAAAGAAAAGCCAAAGACCGAGAACUGACAAGACUCACUGAGGCCAAAGAAGUUCUUCGAAAAUGUAGGUUAGCAGCUUCUCCUGCGCCUCCAGCCACAGCAGAGUGGCACGGUCGCUGCGGGCUCGUCACGGGUGCCAGGCAGGACCUGGCCGCCAACCAUGACGUCAAUUACACCGGCCGCCCUGGAUUGAUUGUGGAAAAUGCCACAACUCAGUCUAACGGCCCCCCAGAGAUGACCCGCAACGGGAAAAAAUGGCAGCUGACAAUCGAUGUGCCUCGCAGCGGGCGGCAGAUUGCAGAUGCGCUGAGCGAAUAUGGCUCCGUGGAUGUGGUCACCCAAGAACUUCGUGACUUGUACACAAGCUUUGGUUUCACGAAAGGACUCACUUUGGUUUUGUCAGCUGAUGCAAUGAAUCAGCUUGGCAUCACACUGAGCAGGUGGCAGGUGGGAAAGACAGGAAUGGCAGAAACAAAGUUCAAGUUUGGUAGGGACUGGAUGGCGGAAGAACUGGUUGAUUUCCUCAAACAACAAGGACCAAGGAAGACAUGGGAUGAAAUUAAGGAUCAGCCUCCACAGACGGCCAGCACGCGGGGGCGCCCCGCGAAGAGGCAGGCCAAAGAACCCGAUGAGCGACAUCGGUCCAGAUCUGCCGCUGAGAAGCCCGAAAAGGGCGAUGAAAAUAAGGACCCAAUGGAAGUCGAAAAAACGCAGUUGGACUCUCAGACUCAGCCUGAAGCGAUUGACAAGCAGAGUUCAAAGCCAACCUCGCAGUCUCUUGGUAAUUUGACGGAUGCCUUAACCCAAAACUGGACGCUGGCCGAUCAAGGUGGAUGCGGUGACUGUGGGUACCGGGCAUUAAUAGACAACUUUCAUUAUCAAACCACUGGUGAGACUCUUUCCAAAGAAGAAUGCAUCAAAAAUGUUAAUCUAUUUCGUACGGAAGUGGUACGACAUGUUCGCAAACAUCAAGAUAGGUACGAAAACCAUGUCAGAGGUGGGAAAGAGGCCUUUCCUGCCUUUUGUGACAAUGCGUUGAAGCAAACUCACUGGAUAUGUGGACUGCUGCUGCAAGCAGCAGCAGAGGUGAAAUCAUGCUGCAUAGUGGUGUGGAAUCAAAAAGAUGAAGUUCUGGAAAGAUUCACUUUCGCUCCUGAGUGGAGUCCACAGGGGAUGCCCAGAAUGAAAAAAGAAGCACCAAUCCUGGGGGUGUACAGAAACGACAAACAUUAUCAAUCCGUCCGACCACCCCAGGAUCAGGACGGCAUGACUAAGGUGCCCAAACACUGGGCGCGAGAGACAGCCAAACCCGAGGCCGAAGCACUUGGAGGCGCUGGACCAAGCGUUGGAGAAUCGCCUAAAACCCUGCACACGCUCUUCCCUGGCUCUUCCCAUGCUCCUUCGCUCCAUACUCUCCCCGCCUCCUCCUUUCGCGGAUCCUCGGUGGGGGUGUGA